AUGAACCACGAGUCGAAUGAUCAGCAGCCAAAGGAGCAAAAGCUGCGUGGCGAAGAAGUGGCCAAACAUAAUAAUGACAAAGACUGCUGGGUCAUUAUCCACGGUAGAGUCUACGAUGUCACCGAGUUCAAAGAAGAGCACCCAGGAGGUAAAUCCAUCAUUCUUAAGUGGGCUGGCAAAGAUGCCACCGAGACGUACAAUCCUAUACACCCCCCGGACACCCUUGAUAAGUUUCUUGAUAAAUCGAAGCACUUGGGAGAAGUGAACAUGGAUACAGUGGAACAAGAAAAAGAAUUCGACCCCGAUGAAGAAGAACGGCAAGAGAGAAUCAAACGCAUGCCGAUUUUGGAACAAUGCUACAACCUAAUGGACUUUGAGGCUGUGGCGCGACGGGUAAUGAAGAAGACCGCAUGGGCUUACUACUCCAGCGGAUCAGAUGAUGAGAUUACGAUGCGAGAAAACCAUUCAGCCUUCCAUAAGAUAUGGUUUCGACCAAGAAUCCUUCACGAUGUUGAAAAUAUAGAUCUCUCCACCCAAAUGCUUGGAACUAAAGUAGACAUUCCAUUCUAUGUCACUGCGACAGCACUGGGUAAACUUGGCAAUUCCGAAGGCGAAGUAAUACUCACACGUGGUGCGAAGAAACAUAAUGUCAUCCAGAUGAUUCCCACACUCGCUAGCUGUUCUUUUGACGAGAUUGUCGAUGCCAGGCAGGGUGACCAGGCACAAUGGCUCCAGCUCUACGUAAACAAAGACCGCGCAAUUACGGAACGUAUAAUCAAACAUGCCGAGAAUCGUGGGUGUAGAGGUCUCUUCAUUACUGUCGAUGCACCUCAGCUCGGCCGCCGGGAGAAGGAUAUGCGCAGCAAAUUUUCUGAUGUGGGAUCGAAUGUGCAAAACACCGGCGGCGACAACGUGGAUAGAUCCCAAGGCGCUGCACGUGCUAUCUCUUCCUUCAUCGACCCAUCACUUAGCUGGAAAGAUAUUCCCUGGUUCCUCGGCGUGACGAGUAUGCCAAUCCUUCUUAAGGGUGUACAAAGGGUUGAAGAUGUCAUCCGAGCUAUCGAGGUUGGCGUCCAAGGUGUUGUACUUUCCAACCAUGGUGGCCGCCAGCUCGACUUUGCAAGGUCAGGAAUCGAAGUUCUUGCUGAAGUUAUGCCCGUCUUGCGUGAACGUAAUUGGCAGGAUAGGAUCGAGAUAUAUAUUGAUGGCGGUAUUCGACGUUCUACUGACAUAAUCAAGGCGUUGUGCUUGGGCGCAAGAGGGGUGGGCAUUGGCAGACCGUUUCUAUAUGCUAUGAGUGCUUACGGACUGCCUGGCGUGGACCGAGCCAUGCAAUUGCUGAAAGAUGAAAUGGAGAUGAACAUGAGACUCAUUGGCUGCUCCAAGGUUGAUCAACUCAACCCCACGCUCCUGGACACUAGAGGCCUGAGCAUGCAUUCGACUUCAGUGCCAGCAGAUACCUUGGGUAUGACCAUCUAUGAUCCGCUCGUAAACCCACAGGAGAAGGCGAAGCUAUGA